AUGGCCUCGACAGCGGAGACCACGCCGCUCCUUUCACAGCAGCAGCAGCAACAGCAACAGCAGCAACCACCGCCGCCCAAUACGUCACCGAGAUCCCGCCCACCGAGGACAGUGACCUUCAACCCAACAGCGACAGUCAGUACAUACCAUGAUGCCGCCUCUGCGGAUCCUUCGUUCAAAUCGCUACAUGCUGGCUCCGCUUCAAUGUCCAAUUCGCGAGGACCGAGCGGACUGUCCGCCUUGAACAGCAAACUCCGUCGUCGCAACAGCCACGGAGGAACCUCUUACAGCACGUCGUAUCCGGCCCCAACGUCGGCUCCCAAAGUCGGACCCCAGCGGACGACGAAGAAGGCGCAGAAGCUGAAACUUCUUCCCGACCCGAUCACCGAGGAGGAAAUCUUGGAAGGCGAUACCCCGUCCGAUGUCUAUUCGCAGAUCACCCGUAUCAAGGAACCCACGGCCCGGAGUCAUGCGGCACGCUUAGGAAAGGCAGACAGGGAUCGGGUGCCCCGUGUAACGGCGUACUGUACCGCCAAUUCGUACCGAUUGGAAGGGGUAAUCCGGUUCCUGAAGUCACGGGCCAAGACCCGCGGGGCCAACCCGAAACUGUUCGACGAGUGCGUGUAUUCAUCUUACGAUUACGACUAUGAAAACAAGCAGAAGGGGAUACGGAGGAUGGCCGAGGAGAACGCGGGCGCUCCCGAAAGGCCGGCUAGUGAACGACGAUACUCGGACAGCGCCGUCGAAGUUAACGACACGAAUAAUGUUCGACGAGAGAACCUGAUCGAUUUUCAAGAUUCGGAAGCCCAUCCGGACGGGGCGACGACCUCCGAAACGGCAGUCUCAUCAGCGCACGAUGCAGAGACGCCUGAUUUCGACACCACAAUCCACACGCCAGAAGUCUUCCUUUUCGACUACGGCACGGUCGUCAUAUGGGGCAUGUCGCCCGCGCACGAGUCCCGCUUUCUCUCCGACAUCUCCAAAUUCGCAACCUCCAUCCUCAGCCCGGAAGACACGCAGAUCGAACAUUUCAACUUCUACUACGCCCGCGAGUACCAAGCCCGGAUAUACAACGACUUCAUCUCGCUCCGUGACCCCCGAAAUUACAUGAUCAAGCUCGCCAUCUCGCACGCCCUCGCACAGUCCGUGAAAACAUCCCUCUUCGAAGACCUGGUGUCCGAGACCAUCUCGAACACGGCCCCUCUCCCGGCGCAGAUCGCCCAAACGGGCAGCGUCAACCUCACCCGGCGCCAAAUCAACAUGCAAAUCGGAGAGCUGUUUAUCCUGCGGAUCAACAUCCACUUGCAAGGGUCCGUCCUCGACAGUCCGGAACUGAUGUGGGCCGAGCCGCAGCUGGAGCCGGUGUAUCAGGCAGUGCGAAGUUACCUGGAGAUGGACCAACGAGUCAGUCUGUUGACGGAGCGGCUGGACGUGAUUGCAGAUCUCCUGGCGGUGUUGAAGGACCAGUUAACUCACCGCCACGGUGAGUAUCUCGAAUGGAUCGUCAUUGUUCUCAUCGCGGCAGAAAUCCUCGUCGCAGGCAUCAACAUCGUCGUCGAUCUGUACGCGGGAGUUGAAUAG